AGCCCCAGGCAGCGACAACUAGAAGCUGUGCGUGUGUCCGUGGAACCUACAAACACACACUUAUCUAACUUUCUCAAACUUGGCUUGAACUCCUGGACACAUACUCGUUGGAACCUUGAACACACUCCUUCCCAGUGUGUGUUGGUCUUCCAGUAACCAUGGCUCAGUCUGAAGCUAAUGGCCUCAGCCCGGACCUUUCCAAUGGAGCCAUCAUCCACAGCCCUAUAGGAACCUGUACCAACCUGGACAGACAGAGACAACGAGAUGAAGAGGAGGAGGAGGAUGUAGAACUAGCAGAGGAGGUGUUAGAACUGGGGGAGGAGGUGGGCGAGGACAUGGAGGACAUUGGGAUGGCAGGUGCAGCUGAUCAUUUCGAAGUGACGAUGCAAGCUAGCGGGAGCGGAGGAAAGGAGGGAGAGGAGGGGGAGAGGGGGAUUGAAGAGGAGGUUGGUUUACAGGAAAAGAGAGAGGGGUAUAAAGGGGAGCGGGAGCUGACCGUGACAGUUGUUGUAAUUGAAGAGGAGGAGAAAGAGCAGGAGGAAUCUGUAGAGGCUGUUGAAGAAGAGAAGUUCGCUGAGAGAGAGGAAGAGUCAGCAGGGGCGGACAAAGAGAGAGAAAUAGAGGAGAGAGAAGAUCCUCUCCCCCCACCACCCCCUAGUUUACCUGAAACUGAGUCCAUUAAUGAUGAGGUAGAGAGGAAAGCCUUGGAGACAUCUCCAGAGGCAGAAAAGGCACAAAUAAUUUUGCCUGUUGAUGAGACAGAGAAGACAGAGGACAAUGUCGGUUUGACGACAACAGAACCGCCAGUCCCGUCAACUAAUGAUGAGGUGGAGAGUAAAGAAGACCUGUGGACAGAGAGUCGAAAGCCAGAAACCACAUCCACUACAGAUGAGUUAACGAAGGGAGAGCAGAGUGGCGGUCAGGAUGCAGAGAUGCCCAUCAGCCAGGUGACUAAUGAUGAUGGCAUGGCGAGAGUGAGUGAUGAAAGCGGGAGUCAAGUGACCGAUGACUGUCAAACGGUGUCCACUAGUGAUGAGGUCAGAGAAACACGGCAGGAGGGAGGACGGGAAGAGGAGCCUAAACAUCAGCCAGCCAAUGACAAUGAAGGAGAGGGCGAGGAAAGUAACAAUAAAUUGGCAAAAAAUCGACAGGUUUCACAAGAAGAGAGGGAUGAGAACCAGCAGGGAAGUGAGAAGAGUAAAGAGAAAAAAGAGGAGGAGGUUAAAAGACAUGUUACAGAAGAACAGGGAGAGACAACUAAAGCAGUUUUAGAGAAAAAAGAGGAGGGGGAUCAAGCGACAGAGCACCAGCCCCCGUUGUUUGUUACCAAUGAGUUCACAGAGCUUGGAGUCAUCAAGAGUCAGGCAACCACAGCUCAACAGCCACAGGAUGUUGUCACUCCACCUGUUGAGGUAGAGGGAGGGAGAAAGAGCAAGGCACAGCCACUGAUACAGCCCAAUGAGAGUCAGGAGGGUGAGAACGGCUCUAAAGAGGAGGGAGGUUUACAACAGACAGAACAGCAGCUACAGGUGGAAGAGGUUGACAGUGAUAGGGCAGUGAAGGGAGGUGGUAGGGAGAGGGAAGAGCCGCAACAGGUUGGAGAUAAUGCGGUGGUGGGGAUGGACACAGAAGGCAGCAAAGUAGAGGAGGAGCAAAAGAAGGAGGAUAAUGUAGACAUAGCAGAGGAAGAGAGAAGAGGUGGCGGUGGUAUGGAGGAACAGACGGAAAAGGCUUUGGAGCCUGAUUAUGCUGCCAGAGAAGAGGGGGAAGAGAGAGAAGACAAAGUUGUAGCUCAGCCACAGGUACAGAUACUCAAGGGUUCAGAAGAAGCUACACAGGAGGACGACGACAAGGAUUUAGAGCAUGUCGAGGAGGCUUUUGAGCUUGAGGAGGGAGGAGACAUGGAGAAAGAACAGCCAGGAGAGGUCAUUUUGGAUGAGCCCGGAGCUGCAGAGGUGGGAGGGGCUGAAGAGAUGGAUAAUCCAGUCCCGGUCUCAGAGAUAGGGACGGGAGGAGCAGAGGGAGGGGGUGAGUUGGAGGAACAGCCAGUGACAAACAUUGACGAUAAUCUAGACUCACAAUCAGAGGUAGCGAUUGAGAUGGCGGAAGAGCCAGAAGAUCUCAUUGAGGAUGAGUCUAAAUCUGCAUUAGAGGGAGGCUGCAAGAGAGUAGAACAGCCAGGGCCUGCCACUAAGGAUGAGCCAGUAAAGUUUGGGAAUGAAUACACAGCGAAGGAAAGAAGGAAAGAGAAGAAAGAAGAGGUGGAGCUAGGGGUCAAAAGUCGCAAAGCCAGGAUAGAGAAUGGGUUCCCUGGAACAGAGGAGGUGAAACAACAACUGCUGAAUGAGAUGCUGCUAACUCCCACAAGGCUGAGACAAGGAAAAAUUAAAGAGGAGUCGACAGUAAAAAGAGAUAGGGUGACACCCCGCAGAGGGAGCAACGACUGGAUCAAGAAGGAGGCCCCAGAGGAGGCGCAGACCCGCAGAGGGAGCAACGACUGGAUCAAGAAGGAGGCCCCAGAGGAGGCGCAGACCCGCAGAGGGAGCAACGACUGGAACAAGAAGGAGGCCCCAGAGGAGGCGCAGACCCGCAGAGGGAGCAACGACUGGAACAAGAAGGCGGCCCCAGAGGAGGCGCAGACCCGCAGAGGGAGCAACGACUGGAACAAGAAGGCGGCCCCAGAGGAGGCGCAGACCCAUAGAGGGAGCAACGACUGGAACAAGAAGGCGGCCCCAGAGGCGCAGACCCGCAGAGGGAGCAACGACUGGAACAAGAAGGAGGCCCCAGAGGAGGCGCAGACCCGCAGAGGGAGCAACGACUGGAACAAGAAGGCGGCCCCAGAGGAGGCGCAGACCCGCAGAGGGAGCAACGACUGGAACAAGAAGGCGGCCCCAGAGGAGGCGCAGACCCAUAGAGGGAGCAACGACUGGAACAAGAAGGCGGCCCCAGAGGCGCAGACCCGCAGAGGGAGCAACGACUGGAACAAGAAGGAGGCCCCAGAGGAGGCGCAGACCCGCAGAGGGAGCAACGACUGGAACAAGAAGGCGGCCCCAGAGGAGGCGCAGACCCGCAGAGGGAGCAACGACUGGAACAAGAAGGCGGCCCCAGAGGAGGCGCAGACCCGCAGAGGGAGCAACGACUGGAACAAGGAGGUGGCCCCAGAGGAGGCACAGACCCCCUGGAGGAGGGAGGACUGGGCCAAGAAGGAGGCCCCAGAGGAGGUGCAGACCCGCAGAAGGAGUGAUGACUGGAUCAAGAAGGCCCCAGAGGAGGCACAGACCCCCGAGAGGAGUGAGGACUGGAUUAAGAAGUUGUCUCCAGAGGAGGCGCAGACCCGCAGAAGGAGCGACGACUGGAUCAAGAAGGAGGCCCCAGAGGAGGCGCAGACCCCUGAGCGGAAGGAGGACGGGAUUAAGAAGUUGUCCCCAGAGGAAGCUCAGACCCCCGAGAGGAGGGAGGACUGGAUAAAGGAGCUGAAGUCGGUGCUCAAAGAGGAGGUACUUUCCCCACAGAGGAGAGAGGAGCAGGUGAAGAAAAAGAAGAAGAAGGUGGUGGUCAUGGACGAAGUGCCCACGUUCAUGCACCAGAGGACAGAGGUGAAGAUAGAGGUGAAGAAAGAGAAGGAGGCGCAGGGGGAGGAGAAGACGCCAAAGAAGUCUGUGAGGCUGCAGAGCCCAACUCCUUACGAGGAAGACAGCGACAGUCCGGACCCCCAGGAGUACGAGAUCUCCCUCUAUGUCAAGGCUGGCAGUGAUGGUGAGAGCAUCGGGAACUGUCCAUUCUCCCAGCGCCUCUUCAUGAUCCUGUGGCUGAAGGGAGUUAUCUUCAACGUCACCACAGUCGACCUCAAAAGGAAACCGGCGGACCUGCAGGACCUGGCCCCGGGGACCAACCCUCCAUUCGUCACAUUUAACGGGGAGGUGAAGGUCGACGUCAACAAGAUAGAAGAGUUCCUUGAGGAAAAACUCACGCCACCACGGUACCCCAAGUUGGCGACUAAUCACCCAGAGUCAAACACUGCAGGUAUAGAUGUGUUCUCCAAGUUCUCUGCCUACAUCAAGAACCCCCGCAAAGAUACCAACGACGGCCUGGAGAAGGCCCUGUUGAAGUCUCUGAGGCGGCUGGAUGAAUACCUGAGGACCCCCCUGCCGGAGGAGAUCGAUGCCAACAGCACAGAAGACCCUCAGGAGUCCACACGCUGCUUCCUGGAUGGACCUGACCUCACACUGGCAGACUGCAACCUGCUGCCCAAACUACACAUUAUAAAGGUGGUGGCCAGGAAGUACCGUGGCUUUGAGAUCCCGGCGGAGAUGGCGGGGGUGUGGCGCUAUCUGAACCACGCCUACAAGAGGGAAGAGUUUACUAACACCUGUCCUGUUGAGCGCGAAAUCGAAUUUGCCUACAUAGAUGUGGCCAAACGAAUCAAAUAGCGAGAGGGGGAGGAGGGAGAAACUGAGAAGGCCCAAUCCCAAAUUGUGUGUGUGUGUGCAUGUGUGUGUGUGUGUGUCUUUGUGCACUCACAGGUUGGGUUGCACGGCACUCAUAUGUAGUGUCAUGGCUGCUGUGAUUGUAAGACCACUAGACAGAGAGGUCUGCAUCCAUUUCACAUCCAGUCCUUUUGGCCAAAGCCCUCUGCAGUGAACUAUAAUAUAGCUGUAUGGUGUCAUUGAAAACACAGACACUGUUAGAAAUGUAUAGUACUAUCUAUACUGCGACAUUGUAAAACUGUCCUAAAGCAGCCAUAAGCAUUAAUUAGAGUGUUAUAACCUCUGUGUCUUAGAGGAAUAGCAGAGCACAGGUAGACAUGCCAUACUUAUAUGAAAAUGCAACACUUUGGCCUUGAUCACAGUAUUAACCUAUAUAUAAAUAUUAACAUACAUAUACUUUAUAAAUGAACUUUUCUUUAGUUUCUCCCCCGUCUUAUUUUGGCUAUCUAUUGGUGAAUAAUAAUCAAUAGUGAAGGUCUGACUUAUCUAUUUGUACGUUUUGUACGCACCAAACAAAUACUGACAGAACCCUGUGUACUCGCCUUAUAAUCCUCACCAGAGGAGUCUUUAUUAAACUGAUUUCAGAACA